AUGAAAAUUUGGUUUAAUCACGUGAUUUCGGUCGCCGUCAUCGUCGUUUUUGUUGUCACUUCGGCGAAAAAUAUCCCUCAGAAUCCAGGAGCAAAUAAUCAGUCUGGUCCAGCCAAACCCAGUGCUAGAAUGUUGUCUAAUAAAAUAAAUUUUCCCGUAUCUCAUACUGAGGGCCCAGAAAAGUCCACGACCUUCACCACCUCAAAGCCCACUACAGUUACGUCUGCGGCGAGUACUACUACAGUUACGUCCAUGAACAUCGCAGCGACGACAACUAUCAAGGUACCGGGUCCGGUCAACAACACCACCUCGACGACGUCUAUCAAGGGAAUGACCGGGAUACAGACGGUGAUAAUCGCAAACGUACGAACGGAAAACAAAAACCAGACGGACGGUGAAGUAUAUUUGGACAUUAAAAAUCUCAUCAAUCCUCCAGGACUACAGGACCCUCCUAUUAAGAAUCAGUGUCCGAAGGGAUAUACUAUAAUGCCUAACGGAGAUUGUAAGCCAAAGUUUGUAGAUCAGUAG